CACAUGAAUCUUUUCACUGUUUUGCAGAAACUGUGCCAUUUUUGUUUAUACCUGAAUGACGUUGAAACCUUCUGAGCUAUUCAUUUCAUGCUUGCUUUGAUUUUCGCUUCUGAUUUUCAAGAUUUCAGCUUUUUUUUUUCUUUAUCAAUGUGCUUGAUGGAGCUUUAUGUUUUUACUUUUGUGCAAUGUUUGAAACCCAUUUUUUCAGAAACGUAAUCACUCAAUGGUGUAACAAGUACGAUGCUCGUUUCUUUGAGUCUCGUCAUCACUGGAAUUGUUGGAAGAUGACAAUUACGAAAAGUGAGCAGCUUAAGCAUGGUCGACAAGAAAAGAGCUGUAAGAAUUUUCGUAAGAACUUUGAUCUAAAUGUAACUGCUCAAGAGCUGGAGGAAGAGCCCGAUUUGCAGUGCGAGUUAAUAGAAAAUCAUUAUAGCGGAUACCGUGAGAAGCAUGUAGAUAACCAUAGUAUGGAAACCGAUAAACAUGAAGAACUGGUACCUCAGGCAAAGACGAUCGAAGUAUCCGUUGAUCACUUGUUGAUUCUAGCACAAUCUGCUGAGACAUUAGCAGCACAAUCUGAGGAUAGUGUGCCUUGCACACAUACAGCAAACAACCAAAAUCAAGAUCAGGCGUGCUCUCAAGAACUACUUGGUAGUUUGUCAUCAGGAUCCGGAACCCGAUUAACUCAAAUACGGAAGCAAGCUAGAUGUAAAUAUCUUUUAUCGGGUCAAGAUACGGAUGACGAUAACCAAAGCAAACAUUUACAAAGAAAAACAAUCCGCCUGAGCGAAAUAAAGCAUCAAGCUAGAUGUAAAAGCAAGAAUGAUUUGCCACCAUCACAAAUGAUCACUGGACCGAGAAACGAGCAUCGGCAAGGAAAGAUGCUACGUCUAAGUCAGAUGAAACACCAAGCUCGUUCCAAAAACAAUGCAGUGAUGCAGGAUAGUGAAAAUCACAAGGAAUGUCAACAUGAUGCAAAGCGAUUAAGGUCAUUCAAGACUAAAAAACCCAGGCAACAGUUAAGGACGGAGCGCGUGAAAAACUCUGCCGGUACAAGAUUGCAAGACGAUGCAAUUUUGCCAAAACAUAAUGGUCUAAUUACAUAUCAACAAGAGCUUCCUCAAACGUCUGAAGGUACUGAAAAUUUAGAAGCAAAUUCUCGCGAAUAUAAACUUCAAGGACAUCACGGUUCCAAUGAAUCGUCAGGGCUCAGAUACAAAUCAUUUCAAUAUAUUCCAAACAGUCUUCCGGUGCAAAACAAUGUACUUUUGUUCACCGGCUUACCAAAUUACACAUUUCAGCUAUAUGAUCCAAAUUUGGGGCAGAUGUUGUACUUGAAUCAUGUGCAGCUCAAGGAAUAUCACCGUGUUAUUUCGCGCCAUCAUCGAGCAGAGCGUAUCAAAGAGCAAAGGGCGACGAAGUAUAAGCAACAAAAACCAAAGAAUCAUGUACUAGAAGCAAAUUCAAAGGCACAAAAAGAAAAUCUACCUGUAAAAAGACUACGCUUAACUCAACUGAGACGCGAAGUUCGUAUAGGGAAUCAAUGUUCUGUCAUGCAAGGACCUGGCAAAAAUUAGAGAAGUGAUUUGGCCAUAGCGUGCAUUACAGGAACAAGUCCUGCGAAGCUGCCGCGGACAUUUGUGCUACCAUGCAUUUUUAAGAUAAUGUUUUGUAUAUACUCCUCAUGACAAAACUCUGAUAAGUUUUAUUUGGUAAUUGUUUAUCUUUUGACAUAUAUAAAUACAAAAUGACUAAACAGUUAUUUGAGUCUCUGAGUA